GAACAUAUCCACGUGGCCAUGCCACAUGCAUAAUUCUGUCCCUGAGUCAUAAUUUGUCUUCAUUGUAAAAGUUAGUUACAAUGUCUCGUAAACAGUUGUGUUGUAGUUUGCAAGCCCUUUUUCUACAGAUUCUUGGCUUGGCAUAUUUGAUGUUUCUCUCUCAGAUGACCCGCAGUGACUGGUUCAGGCCCGUUUUGAAAACGUCGACGAGCAUAGAAAGAGAUAUGAGUUGGUUGUUCCUGUACGCUAGGCCAAAUGAACCAACAGAGAUUUCGCCGAAACAUAAAUCAACAGUCGUGUCAUUUUCAAACAACCCAAACGAUCUCGAUCAAGAAAAGCAGGUUAUUAACAUUGUGUCAGAAACAGAAGAAAACAAAUAUGGAAAUAUAUCAGUGAAGUUGCCGAAAAACAUCCUAAGGAACUUGAUACCACCUCGCUUUGAAAGGAUCUAUCUCCAAGACGUGCCUUACACCAAAGACGAACAUCACGUGCAAUCAGUUUGUCCUGAUAGUCUCCGCCGGAAAGUUAGCUCGUCCGCUUGGUUUAAGAAUCGAUUCGUGGAAGACAUCAAAAUCUUCAUGGAUCAAGAGGAUCUGGAAGAGUCUUACUGGAAAUCCCAUCUCAGUGCAUAUUUCACUCUUCCUUUCGGGUACAAGACAAGUGACAAAAAAGCUGCCGAGCGUCUGAUCGGCAUGUUAGACAACCCGGAUGUGUUCGGUUUCCAUGGCGCCCGUGAGAGGAAGCCGUGUGUCCGGUGUGCAGUGGUGGGGACAGGAGGGGUUUUGUUAGGGUCAAUGAAGGGAGAGGAAAUAGACGCGCACGACUAUGUCUUCAGAUUGAACCAUGCUAUCAUGCAAGAGCCAUUUACUAGAGAUGUAGGCAAAAAGCUGUCCUUCUAUAUUUCCUUUCCGGAGUCACAUCAUAAGCACCAGAUGAUCUCCAGUUCGCAUGCAUUGCAUAUCUUCAUUCCUUUCAAGACGACAGACUUGGAUUUUUUCACUAGAUGGUUGCACAAUAGGACCAUUCUGGGGUGUGGCCCUACGUGUAAACGGACCCUUAACACUAACCUCAACCGCACAACGAUGAAGGUUACACAUCCUGACUUUAUCCGCUACGUCUUUGCAAACUACAUGAAUACGUCAUUAUCUCUACGACCAACCACAGGGGCGAUGACAGCAUUCAUGGCUAUCCAACUAUGCGACGUUGUGAACAUGUACGGCUUUGGUUAUGAUCCACG